UCCCCUCCCCUUGCCAUGGCACAGCACGACGGCAAGCCCUACCAGCCGCGCCGGGGCCCCGAGCGGCCCCCGCAGCCGGCCGAGGACCCGGCGCCGCCCGCCGACGGCGUCGACCACCUCGCCAUGGUCGCGGCCGAGGCGGAGGCCAUGGUGGCGGCGGAGGCGGAGGCCAUGGCGCCCGCGGACGGCGUCGACCACCUCGCGAUGGUGGCGGCCGAGGCGCAGGCGCAGGCGAUGAGCGCGUACGAGGAGGAGGAGCCCGAGCCGGGGGUGGAUUUGACGGAGGAUGAGCUGGAGGAAGAGGAUGAGGAGGAGGAGGAAGAGGAGGAGGAGAUGGAGAUGGAGGAGGAGGAGGACGACGCCGAACAUCAGCAUCAGCAUCACGGCGAGGCCCAACCGAUGGACGCCGACGCCGCGGCUGCUGCUGCUGCUGCGGCUGCGGCUGCGGGCGUUCCGUUGGACCCGCACGCGGGGAUGGCCCCUGCGCCCGUGCAUCCCGCCUCUACGAACCAGCUCACCCUGUCCUUCCAGGGCGAGGUCUACGUCUUCGACUCCGUCUCCCCUGAUAAGGUGCAAGCGGUGCUUCUGCUGCUCGGAGGGAGGGAACUUAACCCGGGCAUCGGCGGAGCGUCGUCGUCAACGCCAUACAGUAAGAGGUUGAACUAUCCGCACCGGGUGGCGUCGCUGCUGAGGUUCAGGGAGAAGCGGAAAGAGCGCAACUUCGAUAAGAAGAUCCGGUAUUCCGUUCGCAAGGAGGUUGCACUAAGGAUGCAGCGCAAGAGAGGUCAAUUUACAUCUUCAAAACCAAGACCUGAUGAAGCAAUGUCAGAAUCGGCAACUGCAGAUGGCUCCCCAAAUUGGGCAUCACUGGAAGGUCGGCCUCCGUCUGCUGCCGAAUGCCAUCACUGUGGUACUAAUGCAAAGAGUACACCUAUGAUGCGUCGUGGACCUGAUGGACCAAGAACAUUAUGCAAUGCUUGCGGCCUCAUGUGGGCAAAUAAGGGCAUGUUGAGGGACCUAGCAAAAUCUUCUACCACACAUCUUCAAGUUGUGGUAUCAGCUCCAAAUGAUGGUCAGAAUGGAAAUGCUGCUGUUGUACCUUAUGCUGAGCAAGAGAACCCUUCAGCACCGGCAGAAAAUGGUCACCAGUCUUAGACAUGAGUAAAGUGCUGUUUGUUAAAGGUGGACGAAGGAUUAUCAUCCUUGAGUGAACUUUCUGUGUAGGCGAACUGCUUGUACUAUAACUUGAGCGAGGAACUGCUAGGUAGGUGUUGCUUGAGCAUCAUGUAGGGUUGAAGAGCUGCUACUUUAUCUGAUGGGAUCAUGCUUACGGCCCUUGUUGUGGCCAUAACAGUUUUAUUUCUUGUUUGAGCCGUGAGGCUGAUAACGACGGAGCCCCUGUCUCCAGUGUUGUAUGUGAAUGCUUUGUGCCCUGUUGUUAUUUGUAGAUGUCAAAGUAGAUGUUUUAACCCAAUGCAGCAACCUGUUCCGUUCUUCGUAGUCACUGAUCUAUCACCGCUAAAUGAAUUGUGUGCUGAGUUCAAAAUGUCUGCAAGGUUGAA